AUGGGUUUCCGGAAGGCUCCGACUCAGGCCAUGAAGGCGGCCAACAAGCUCAAGCGCCAAGAACUCUACGUGCAGCAUAAGAAAGACAAGGACAAGGGACGGCGCGAAGAACGACACCAGCGCAAGAAAGAAGAAGAUCGCAACCCCGAGCUCAAGGCCGCCCGACUCGCCAAGAAUGCCACCAAGACACUGGACCAGAAGCGUGUUUGGGAUGAUGUCGACGAUGACAGCCUGGGUGCCGUGGUAGACGUGGAAAAGCUAAAGCGCAGACGCAUGGAGGAAGCUCAGGCCGAAGAGGAAGCGGCCCUGAACGCCCCGCUCGACCAAGACAACGAUGAGGAUAACGAUAGUAUGCUGGACACGGACGAUGAGGACGAUGAGGCGCAAGAAGCGGCUCAAGCGAAAGCCCGCGCCAAGCGCGCCCUCAGAGAUAGCAGCGUGGCCCCUUCGACGACCAGUACCAACCUGGAUCUGACGCCCUCGUCGCUGGCCCUCAAGUUCCCUACGCUGUUUACCGAUAUUCCACCACCCACACCCAAAAUUCUCGUCACAACAUCAUUGAACUCGACGCUGCACCAGGAGGCACAUCUGCUCACUACACUCUUCCCGAACAGCAACUACAUUCCUCGUUCAUCACAUCGCUACGGCCACAAGUACUCUCUCCGCGAGAUCUGCAAGUUUUGCAUUGGAAGAGAUUACACCGCCGUCGUGUUGCUAAAGGAAGAUUCCAAGAAACCGACGGGAAUGUCGGUUGUGCACCUGCCGUCAGGCCCGACAUUUCACUUCUCCAUCUCCAACUGGGUAGAGGGCAAGAAACUGCCCGGGCACGGCAACCCCACCAACCACUACCCCGAGCUGCUCCUCAACAACUUCAAGACGCCGCUCGGUCUGCUUACGGCCAAGAUUUUCCAAACGCUGUUUCCACCCGCCCCCGAGUUCCAGGGUCGCCAGGUGAUUACCCUGCACAACCAGCGCGACUACAUCUUCGUGCGCCGCCACCGCUACGUGUUCCGCGACAAGCGCGUGACGGAAAAGAGCGUCGUCACGGCGGACGGGGAGAAGAUGAAGGGUGUCGAAGAGAUCCGUGCCGGCCUGCAGGAACUCGGCCCGCGGUUCACACUGAAGCUGAGGCGUGUCGACAAGGGCAUCGGGCGCGCGGGCAGCGAAGGCGACGAUGCGACGCAGUGGGAGUGGAAGUCAAAGAUGGAGAAGGAUAGAAAGCGGUUCAAUCUGUGA